CACCCAAUUGUAUAAAGCUUGGUUAAAUUAACCCUGGGUUAAACUCUAACCUUUGGUUAUCUUUAACCAAAUCUGGUUAGCUAACCAGUUUGGUUAACCAAUUGUAUAAACCAAGAUAACCAAAUGGUUAGUUAACCAAAUUGGUUAAAAUUAACCACUGGUUAAUUUUAACCAAUCCGUCCCGUCAUGCGGUAUUUUGGUGGUUCCGGUGACGUUAUUUUCGCGGAAUUUGUCAAAGCAGAAGACAAAACAAAAACAUUGAACCUCCAGCCUCCAAGAAACCUAGAGUCAGGGCCAAAAACUUUUCUAUGUCGGAGGUGGAGGUGUUAAAGACCGCAGUUACAGAUAACUUCAGUACAAUUUCAGCAAAACACUGCAAUGGAACAGGUGGAAUCACAAAGAAAAUUCAAGACAAAGCCUGGGCGACCAUCUGUGAAAAGGUAAACAGUGUCGGAAAUGCGAAGCGGUCCGUCGCUGAAGUGAAGGAAAAGUGGCGUAACCUCACUAAAAAGGCAAAAACUGAGACCACCAUGCAGAAAGUGUCCAUGCAGAAAACCGGGGGUGGACCACCAGCACCAUUGCCUGAUCCACUCCUGGAUGAUAUUGCUGGAUUGUUCUGUUCUUCAGCCUCCUUUCACGGGAUACCUGGAGCUACUGACUGUGAAACUGUCACGAUAAGUUUACGUCUAGAUGAAGAGGAUGCAUAUGCAGAUGAAAUUCCUAGUAUGGUUAUUAAUGCUGGAGAGUUGCAGAAAGUAGAUGAAAUAUCAUCAGCAGCAAAUUCAGCAGCACCAAUUCAAGGCAGCAGGGCUUCAGCAGCACCAUGUCCAAGCAGCAGUACUUCAGAAAGAGUAUCAUCAGCAGCACCAAUUCAAGGCAGCAGGGCUUCAGCAGCACCAUGUCCAAGCAGCAGUACUUCAGAUAGAGAGCCCCUUGUUUGUGACAAGUCUUCAAAACCUCAAAAUGAACUAGUCAACCAUUUCACAAAAAUGCCACAGAAAAGUCUUAAAGAGCUACAAAUGGAGUUCUACACAGUCUCUAUACAAAAUGAGAGGGAAAAGUUCAAACUCAUACAAGAACAGACAGCCUUAUGCAGAGAACUUAGAGAGAACAUUCCGAAGUUGUCCUUAGUCUUGGAUGCAUUGUGUACAAAAAAAGAUGAAGAGUGACUUUUAUAUUGACUUGAAUACAUUGUUUACUUGUUUGACAAUUUAAAUUUUAUCUGUACUUGUUUCAGUAUAAGCUGAAGUGCUCAACAUAAAUAAAAAUCUGCUGUAAUCAGAUA